UUCACGGAAUACAUUAUUUCAAAGCCACGACGUUAAUAGCAUAUUAUUUAAAAAGUUAAAGUCGAGCACAUAAGCCUAUGGUUGUACAUUAUAACAAGUCCAUUCCAGUUGCCGGACAAUGGAAGUUAUCCAUUUAUUAAUUUGGAGGAAGAAGUUGGUUAGUUGUUGAUGGACAAUCAUGAAAUUGCUCAUUAGCGACUCUUGUCCAUACCAUAAUCCAAUACUGUUGCAGAUUUGCUUAAUUGUAUCAUUAUUAAUUAGAGCCAAAUUCUUUCCUUUCGUCUAGAAACCAUUUUAUCGAUUUAAUUAAGCUGCAUAUACACUAAUUUACCCCUUUUGUGUCAUUUUUUCUGUUAAAGUUGUAGAAUAGUUUUGGUAAUCAAGCAUUAUUAACAAUUUUAGUGGUUUACUUUAUUUAAUUUGGAGAUGAUCAUGUCCGAUUGUAUCGCAACAUAAAGUACUUUUCACGUGCAAUUCAAGUGUCUUUUGAUUGUGAUUUACAAGUCUAAAUCAGAUUUCUCUUUUUUUUUUUUCCCCCAAUUUUCCAUUCUUCAGCUAAAGUUGCAGUUUAGCUAUUACUUAUCGUAAUUAAGCGUUAUUAACAACUUUAAUUGUUGCCCUACUUGAGUUGGAGAUUAGUUAUGACUUAUGGAUACUUGAAGAAUUAAAAAUCAAAAUCACAUUAAAUAUCUAGCAGUCACUCAAGCAAGGGCAGUAAGUCAUACUAUUAGAUUAUUCUGAGUGGGUGGAAAAUGGAAACCUUUUAGUUUAAGAUGUGAGAAAAACCAAAUUUAAAACCAAAACUUGUGAUUACCACAUAAUUAAGUAGAUUUUAUAAAAUGAGCCGCACAAAGUCAACAUUCAACUCUUCAACCUUUGGUUAGGACAAAACACAUAGUAUAUUUAUAUAUAAAAAAAUUAACAUCUAGAUCAAAAUGAUGACAAGUGACACAAAAUUUAAUUUUAUAAAUGCCACCUAUCUACAUAUUAUAAAUAAAACCACAACACAAGCACUUUCAAUUUCAAAUAGCGUUACUUCAUCCCACUUUAUUUUCCUUUCUCCGGUCAUCUUACCCCUCCAAAAAAAAAAAUUCGGUAGGUAUGGUGGAGGGCGAGCAGGUAAGGCCACUAGCUCCGGCGAGGGACCGCACAAGCAGCGACGAUGAAGAAGCGGCCCACCAAUUAAAAAAAAUCCGCCGUAGAAGGUGCAUCAAAUGUUGCGGCUGCAUCGCAGCUGUAUCCCUUAUUCUUGCAAUAGUGAUUGUGAUUUUAAUUUUCACCGUUUUUCGCAUCAAAAACCCAAACAUCAGAUUAAAUGGCAUAACCAUCACACAGCUCGAGCUAAUCAACAACACAAAUAUUCCAAAGCCAGGUGUAAACAUAUCUUUAAUUGCAGAUGUAUCAGUGAAAAAUCCUAACAUAGCAUCGUUCAAGUACAACAACACCUCCACAGCACUUUUUUACUAUGGUGAGCUAGUUGGAGAAGCGCGUGGCCCGCCAGGCCGGGCAAAGGCCCGACGGACCAUGCGGAUGAAUGUUACCGUCGAAAUCAUCACCGACAAGCUAAUUUCGAAUCCAAAUCUGAAUACUGAAGCUGGCUCCGGGCUACUUACUAUGAGCAGCUACUCAAAAAUUCCAGGUAGGGUUAAAUUGUUCCAUAUUAUCAAGAAGCAUGCUACUGUGAAGAUGAAUUGCACUAUUACAGUUAAUAUUUCGAGCCAGGCAAUUCAAACACAGAAAUGCAAGAGGAAGGUUGACCUCUAGUCUAGAGAGUGUGAGUGGUUAAUUCUCGUUUUAUAUUAUGUUAGUAUAAUUAAUUAGGGGAUUGGGAGAUAUAGGUAUAUUUAUUUUCAUUUCUAUGUAAAAUAUGGGCAAUUUUUUUUUUUUUUUAAUCCAUGUUUUGGAUUUUAAUUCGACUCCGUAGCUCCAGGAAUAAUUGAUCUUAUCUCUUAUGUUUAGUGUUAUACUAAAUAAUUGGAACAUUACUAGCUUCAAACUUUGAAAUUGAUUGGUGUUUUAGUUUGCAGAAAGAGGGAAGAACUGGCAGAAAUUUGUCAGGAUGAGUAUUUGUUAAAUAAAAUUAUUUACUACUUUAAUUA